ACUCUACAAUGUGUUUGAAACUCGCCACAUGUUUGUCACGUUGGAAGAGUUAGCCAUGUUAGUCUUGCUACAUUACCUGUAACUCCCAACCUUGUUAGUUACAUGUAAAAAACAACACACUCCCACACGCUACAUGUAGCCAUGUUAGCAUAUCAACAACAACCAACCAUGUAUAUUAAUCCAUAUUUAUAAUAAUGUCAUGACCUGUAGUGAAUUGUGGGAAAUAAAGCUUGUGUUGUUGUCAGUUGCAGCAAAGGUUAGUGGGUCACUUCCAGGGAUGACGUUGCCCUGUUUGUUCAUGUUGUUUGCUUUGGAUUCUGUUUUUUUUAAUGCCUGCUAUUCAUCAGGCUGCUCAGGGUUGUCCGGUGUUCAGGACACGAGUACGCUUAAAGUGUCACUCCAAAUGUCUUUCGAACUGAGUGUUCCCAGAGGUCGUUCACUUGUGAUGAUGCUGUUUUUAGACAAAAUGCAAAAAAACUGUGUUGUUUCCUAGGACAGUUUCUGCAGAGCGGCAGGAGUUCAUUAGAAAUUCACAGCUGACACGGAGUUAGCCAGCCCGUGUGUCAUGUGUUCAUUUCUUUUUCAAUUUAAAAUAAAAAACAACAAUUCUAUCAUUUUUCAUUUGCAAAUUACAAUCUAGGAAGAUUCUGAUGUGGUGACAGAAAUGUUUUAGAGCAGUAAAACGAAAGCGGAAAUAUCAACCACCUUUUACACCAGUGAGGUUUGGAAAGUGUUCAGAAAGGUUUGUAAGAAGAUUCUGUAUGCAGCAGCAGCUGUGAAGAAAAUCAAACAAACCUGAAAUGCAGUCCCGUCAUCCACAUGUGAGGUAAGGAUGCACAUUUGUUUGAUUCAUUGUCAUGAUCUGACUAGAGUUCAGAGUGACCCAAAUGCUGGAACCCAGAAGGAGACUCGGACAACGAGGUAAGUUUAGUAGAUUUUAUAUAGAAAGGUGAGUAAUGGCUUUCUUCUAGAGGAAGCGCGGCGGCUGACUGGAGGAGAGCGACAGCAGGAUUCCGGAGGCGAGACAGUGUGAAACCAGAGGACUGUGAGGACCAGCAAACAGGAGCAUGAGCGGGCCAGACUAUGCACCGUGAGAGGAACAACGAACUGGCGUCGAAUGAAGAUCCAGAUGCUCCUUAAGAGGGCAACGGCGAUGAUGAGACCAGCGGCAGCUGAUGGUUCUCUGUGGGGAUUUCAGUAAAGCUGGAGUUCAGUGCUGGGGAAGCUGGAUGAGCAGAAACUGGGGUCCCUUCUCCUCUGGAGGAGAUCUGUUCUCAACAGAGCCCAACAUGUGAUGAUGAGCAGCGAUGUGGCCAGACUUUGACUCUUUUGAUACAAUUGUUAACCACAAACAGACUUUUCCCAUGAUGCAAUGCUUCAUCUACUAAAUGUGAAUGAUAGGUACAAUUCUGAAUGUAAAUGUAAAAUUUGAUUGAAUGCAUGAAGACGCCCAUAAAAUAAAAUCCCCAACUGUUUUUUUUUGUUUGUUAUUGAAAAACAUAAUUAUGUUAAGUUUGUAAUAAAUAUACCGCAUUGAUACAAUUUUGUUUAUUUUCAUAUCCAAUAUUACAAUCCCAAGAAACAUUUCUAAACAACAGCUUUGAAAAUGUCAACUUUGUUAAUAAAGCUUUAAGACUCAAAAUGGAGCCACUAAACUCCUUAAAAAAACAAGUCUAACAUGAACAUCUCCAACUGCAGUUUUGAUUUGCCGAGCAUUAAGUGUUUGCUGCAAUUCCUCACAGAUGUGGUUUCCAGGUCAUCAGCUCGAUGCUUCAGGCAGGAACCGUGGCUCCUCUUCCCCAAGACAUCCUGAACAACCAAUCAGGCUGCAGGUCCAGGAAAAUGGCUUUUCCAAAAGAACCUGCAACUAAAAGCAUUUUUUAGUUUAAGGUUAAUUAAUAAUUAAUGGUUAUAUUGAACAUAAAUCGGUAUUCUCUUGUAGAGCUGCCAUCUGUUCUUCUGGAGAAGCACAAACUUUUCUGGGACUUUGUUUCUAGAAACUUGAUCUGCAGAAAUAACACAUUUUAACUCAAUGUAGUAUUUUAUGUACUUUUGAAGUUUAUCACUUAAGUGUCCAUUCAAGUAUAUGAUUCAAAUGUCUGCAAUGCACUUUAAUGAUAUAUUUUAUGACAUAAUAACUUGUUUACUGAUUUUAAUCUUGAGUUCAUUUCAGCAACACUGAUGACAUACGCAUAAUUACUGUAUGAAUGACAGAAUCAUCCCGGCUGGCUAGAGCUUCUUCUGUCAUGUUAUCACCAAAAACAGGAACGGCUAAUCGUCAAAACAGUUCAAGUCUCUAUCGGGUUCCUUUUGCACAUGCAAGACUUUCAGACUUUCAUUCCUGGAACGUCUGCAGACACAUCGUUGCUCCCGAAAAAAGCCAUCGAUCAGAGUCUCUCGCUGGCUUUGCAUCAAAAGAGCCUGAAACUUUAGCUUGUUUUCUUUUAAUUAUUUUUAUAUAUUUUUUAAUCAUUGUCACAGAGACAGAAAAAUGACUUUUUGGCCAAACCUUAAGAGGGUAGUUUGACAGUUUCUUGGCUUAUUAGCCCUCUCUUAACCCAUGUGCGAGGACUGCUGUGCUGCAACUGUUUUCCGUCCUGUCAGAAUUACUUCCUGUUCAGAGAUCUGCAACGUCACUGCAAAAAAAAGAAAAAAAGCCUUUGAUUGUGGCCGGCACGGAGGAGUGUUCACUGUGGUUUUUGUUACCGUCACCUUUCCACUUACUCCACUCACUCACCACCGAAGUUCUUUCACUCAUGCCUGUCUGACAAGAAGCAGAGGACUUACAGAAUGGAAAAAAACAUGGUUUUUGCUGUCAUUUUUGGACUUGUCAUUGCUCUUGGUUUGCCUCUCAAUGUGGUUUCACUGUGGAUUAUGCUCCGUCGCCAUGGCCUCAAGUCGCCCAGUGCUGUUUUCAUGGUCAACCUGGUGAUCUCAGACUUGCUGCUCAUCAUCACUUUACCCCCAAGGGUUUACUUUUAUGCGACAGAGACGGGGAUCAGCAACGAAUACGUGUGCAUCUUCUUCACAAUGCUGUUUCGCAACAACGUCCGCUCCAGCUCCAUCUUCAUCACCUUCAUCAGCGUGGACCGCUUACUGGCGGUCGUGUAUCCUCUGAGGUCUCGUCACGUGAGGACUUCGGCCAACGCCUCGAGAGGUGCCGCUCUGGUUUGGCUGGUGGUGCUGGUGGUGAAUAUCCCGGAGGGUUUGGCUUUCACUCGGAAUUUGAGGCAACGCUCGGCCAAAAGGGCUUGUUUCGAUUUUUCAGAUAGAAACACCUCGACGGGAAACAACAGCUCAUUGCUGGAUUCGAGGCUGAACAGCUCAUCGGCGGAUUAUUUUCAGCUGGUGCUAACAUUCACCAUGUUGGCAGUCAAUAUUGUCUCCACUGUUCUGGUGUCACAUACGCUCCAGAACCAUCUGAAGGAGUCUGCAAGGGUCAGCAACAAAAUGAAUGUCAUGCUGAUUUUUGCCAUGAACCUGAUGAUGUUCAUCGUGUUCUUUUUGCCAGUAUCUUUGGUGGUUUUCUUUAACAAAUGGAGACCUCAUCUGAGUUGCCUCGCUAGCGUGAACUGCUGCAUGGACCCUCUGUUGUACUACUUUUCUUUUGAUGGCUUCUGGAAGAAAAAAGAGGAUGUGGACACAUCUCUUGCAAGAGAAAUGUGAAGGCUGAACCCCUGGUGGUUUCCUAAACUAAGCAUAUGCCUGUUAUGCUGUAAACUGUCUUUAAUGCUGCAUUUUGCAUUUGAAUGUGAGGCUGGUUGUGACAUGCCACAUGGGUCUGCUGCUGCUCUGGAAAUAGGAGAACAAAAUCAGUCAGCUUGUUGGAUGAAAUGUUUAAAAGUAGUAUAAAGCUUUUUUUUCUUAAUUGUACAGUUAUCAGUCAGCAAACCUCCCUUGCUUUUGAAUGACAACAACUCAACAGGGAAGACUUUCAGGAUGACUUCAAGUCAGAUAAGUUUGACUUGCAUCUGUAAAAUGUUUUUGACCUUUUGUGUUAAUUCACCUUUUGGCAGAUUUUAAGAUGGCAACCGAGGUUGUUGUUGGAUCCUUUUUUCUGGCAGCAUAUCCAUUUCUAAGUCAGGACACACUGAACUUCAGCAAAGCUGCCACAUAGAUGGGCAUCUGUGUGGGUGCGGGGGGGGGGGGGGCUCCCCAAAAAGUCUAAAAUAAAAAGAUUGCAGAUGAAAAGCC